AUGAACGUCUGGUCAGGGUCUAUUACCCUGGAUCCAGACCAGCUGUUGGAAGGGAUCCGCUUGGUUGAUUCGACGUCACACUGGCAAUGCGAUGUAUCCAAAGACAGCAAACUUGAGCUUCGAAGCUUUGUGAACCCAGCUCUCAUCCCUCUCCACGCGCGCGCUGGCCCCAAUCUUGAAGUACACACUCUCAACCCGACGACGUCACAAUGGCUCCAACGAAAAUUGACCGGCGCAAUCUGGGUGAACGAGGAUGAGCUGGAUCUCCACCAAUCCUUACAGUGCCCCGUUGGCCUGUUGGUCAGUGUCAAUGGCAGUACGAUCAAGAAGAGCGGACCCGCUACUUCUGAAUUCUUGAUAUAUGGCGUACUAUCCAGUUCAACCUCUUGCGCGAGACCUCCCACUCCUCCACACUCGUCUCCAUCCGACACCAACACCAACACCAAUACCUCCACAACGAAGCCAUAUGAGCUGCGAGUAUAUGCAGCCCCCCCUCUCAAAAACCCAGCUCACACAAGCCCGAGCCUUCCCUUCCCCGCCACAAAGUUCCAACGGCGAACAUGGCUCUACCCCAGCCGACAACACUCUUCGAAAGCGCGGCUCUCCACCACCGGCGCGUCCGCCAAAAGAGGCGGCGAAGCCGUCUCCCAAAUGAUGGCACCAAUCCGGCCCUCAUCAUCCUCGCAAAACAUUUCCUCACUGCGUAUCAAACGCGAGCCCGACGACGACCAACCCGGACUCCCAACUCUCGACCGCAUCGCCGCUGCCCGCAGAUCCCGCUCCGUAUCCAUCGGAGCAAACCUGCACCGCCAGACAAGUCUCCGCGGAUCCCGCGGUCCUGGCACAAGCGUGCACGCCGAUCCGCAAAAGCGCGCACAAACGCCAAACCCAUUCCUAGAAAACGGUUCUCGUCGUGGCUCACAAACGAUCCAGCCACCGUCCGCCUUGUCAUCAUUCGCGGAAGAGCAAGAUAAACCACUCGCAACGGCCCCUUCAUCUCCACCCAAAAACCCGGAAACAAUUAUCGCCGAUAAUAAGAGUCUCAUCAUACGCACGAUUUUGACGUGUAUGCGGCUUUAUGGCUUCCACCGCGCUAAUGCAAAGUCCUCCACUAAAUCUGCAGGCGGAGCAGGAGCAGGAGGGUCGGACCCUGAUCCGUCUCUAGAGACGUCCAAUGCAACGCCUGCGCCGGAAAUUCUGCGUGCGGAGACGCCGGCUCCCGGUGUCUCGGCGGAUGAUGAUGAGUUUAAAUCGAUGUAUCACGCGACGUAUAAAGCGGCCGCCUUUGCGUUGCGCAGAUAUCUCAAAGACCCGGUUAUCGGGUCCGGCUCUGCGCCUUUGCUUUUGGAGAAGGGUAAGGCGAUGACUUGCAUUGAUGAGCUUCUGCGACUUUUCUGCGAGGACCAUUGA